GAUGAUAUGAUCCCACAACUUGAGUUUAUCAAAGAAAAUAUAGUUCACCCGAAUGUGAAACCACCAAACCUCUUGGAAAAUUUCGCAUGUGCUUGUGCUGACAAUUGCCAGAAAACGUCGGUGUGUCAAUGCAUGUUAAUUGAUGAUGACUCACAAGAUGAAGGAUUUCCAUUUGAUAACGAUAGGCUGUCGCGGUCAGAUAUAGGAGCAAUUUACGAAUGUAAUUCUCGAUGUAACUGUGAUAUGACUUGUCCAAAUCGUGUUAUACAAAGGAGUAAAAAGUUACCGAAGAAAUUUCAGAUCUUUAAAACUAAAGAAAAAGGAUGGGGAGUUCGAUCAUUACAAUUUAUUAAGGAAGGUGAAUUCGUUAUGGAACAUGUUGGAGAAGUUAUUGAUGCAAGAAUAGCAUCAUUAAGAGCUGUUUGUUACGAUAAAUUGGAUACAAUGAGUUAUUUUGAUUUGGAUUAUGAUUUCGAUAAAAAAGAAAGGAGAAAAGUACUUUCUUUGGAUUCUAAUUAUUGGUGUGGAAUAAGCCGAUUCCUUAAUCAUUCAUGUAAUGCUAAUUUGAUAACUAUCCCCUUUUUUGUAGAGAAUAAGGAUAAGAGAUGGCAAAGAAUAGCUUUCUUUGCACAAAGAGACAUUAAAGCAUUUUCUGAACUUACGUUAGAUUAUAAAAUAGAAAGUGAUGAGUUUGAUUGUUAUUGUGGAUCACAGUAUUGUAGAUACACGAAAAAUAAUUAAAGAUACAGGAUAAUUUCAUGGAAAUCUUUUUUAAGAAUCAUUAGAUUAAUAUUUUUUUUUUUUUCAUUACCCUAUCCUUAUUAAACGAACAAAAAAAAGGUAUUUAUAUAGAAACAUUGACAUUGUCUAGAAUAGACAUUAUUUAGUCUUUAAUUUAAGGAUAUGAAAUCUAAUCUAUAUGAAAUCUUAUAGUUCCUUUUUUUUUUAAAAAAAAAAAAACAAAAAAUUAAAAAUAAGAAAAAAUAAAA